AUGUCAGAACACAGCAGGAAUUUAGAUCAAGAAGACCUCUUUGGUGGAGAGAUUGAUGAAGAUGAAAUCUUGGCCAACUUGUCCCCUGAAGAGCUGAAAGAACUACAAUCAGAAAUGGAAGUCAUGGCCCCUGACCCCAGGCUUCCUGUGGGAAUGAUUCAGAAAGAUCAAACUGAGAAACCACCAACUGGAAACUUUGACCAUAAGUCUCUUGUUGAUUAUAUGUAUUUGCAAAAGGCAUCCAGACGCAUGACGGAAGACGAACGUGUUCCUCUCACCUUUGUGGCAUCCAAGGAAAACACUCCAAAGAAGCAUGAAGAAAUAGACAAAGGUAAUAAAAAUAUGUCCCAGUAUUUAAAAGAAAAACUCAAUAAUGAAAUUAUUGCAAAUAAAAGAGAAUCAAAGGGAGGCAACAAUAUCCAAGAAACAGAUAAUGAUGGUGAAGAUGAUGAUGAUGAUGAUGAUGAUGAUGAAGAAGAAGAAGAAGAUGAUGAUGAUGAAGAAGAUGAAGAUGAUGAAGGAGAAGAUACUAGUGAAGAGAGUGAUGAAAAAAUAAAAAGAGAAGAGGAAUGUGAAAUAAAAGAGAAAAUCAGAAAUGGUGAAAGAAACUGCCAACAGGUAAUCAAUAAAUCAUUUGAAAACCAGAAAGACAAACCAGAGGCACAAGAAAAAAGUGAGAGAAAAAUAUCAAAGUUAGAUCCUAAGAAGUUAACUCUUGAUACCAGUUUUUUGAAGGUAAGUGCAAGGCCUUCAGGAAACCAAACAGACCUGGAUGGGAGCUUGAGGCGGGUUAGACAAAAUGAUCCUGACAUGAAGGAACUCAACCUGAACAACAUUGAAAACAUCCCCAAAGAAAUGUUGCUGGACUUUGUCAAUGCAAUGAAGAAAAACAAACACAUCAAAACCUUCAGUUUAGCAAAUGUGGGUGCAGAUGAGAAUGUAGCGUUUGCCUUGGCUAACAUGUUGCGUGAAAAUAGGAGUAUAACGACUCUCAACAUCGAGUCUAAUUUCAUCACAGGUAAAGGAAUCGUGGCCAUCAUGAGGUGUCUCCAGUUCAAUGAGACACUAACUGAACUUCGGUUUCACAAUCAGAGGCACAUGUUGGGUCACCAUGCUGAAAUGGAAAUCUCUAGGCUUUUGAAGGCAAAUAACACUCUCCUGAAGAUGGGCUACCAUUUUGAACUUCCAGGUCCGAGAAUGGUGGUAACCAAUCUGCUCACCAGAAACCAGGAUAAACAAAGGCAGAAAAGACAAGAAGAACAGAAACAGCAGCAACUCAAAGAGCAGAGAAAGUUAAUAGCCAUGUUGGAGAAUGGGUUGGGGCUGCCACCUGGGAUGUGGGAGAUGUUGGGGGGACCUAUGCCAGAUUCUAGAAUGCAGGAGUUACUCCAACCUUCUCAACCAGCUAACACUCAAGCAAGAAGAAAUGAAAUGAUGAAAAAGCCAUCACAGCCUCCACAGUACAGGACAGACCCGGACUCCUUCCGGGUGGUGAAGGUGAAGAGGAUCCAGCGCAAAUCUCGAAUGCCAGAGGCCAGAGACCCCCAGGAGAAAACCAACCUCAAAGACGUGAUCAAAACACUCAAACCAGUGCCGAAAAAUAGGCCACCCCCGCUGGUGGAAAUCACUCCCAGAGAUCAGCUCUUGAAUGACAUUCGUCACAGCAACGUGGCCUAUCUUAAACCUGUGCAACUGCCAAAAGAACUAGAAUGAGAGGCAACAGACUAAUCUAGAAGAACAAGAAAUUGAAAUUAUGACUGCUUUAGCACUUCAAGACAACUUCAGCAGCAUUAUUUGUGAUUUCUGGUGGCAGAACUGGGACAAAGUUGACAUCUGAUGGGGGCAUUUUGUACAAGAUGGGAUGCUUGACCUAUGACAAAAUAGGAACUGAAGAGGA